GGUCAGCAUUUAAAUCAGAAAUAUCAGCCCUUCCGACGCGAUUUGGAUUUUGUUUUAGAAGCAUCCAGCCGAUAUGAGAGUAAAGAAGUCCUUUAUUUGCGUUGUAAGGCACGAUGUCCUCUGCACCACCAUCGGAUAGAACCUUCUACAGCACCGGAGCACGCAAAUAUGAGAAAUAUUUCGAACGGACGAGAUGCUUUAUAUGCACGAGCAGGAAGAUUUGCAGCGAUCACCAAUUACCAUGAACCUCAAAAUAUUGACUCAGGACUUUUAUUGUCUCGCGGAGCUAUAAUAAAGACAAUUUUGGAAUCUAAUUAUCCAUUAGAACAAUGCUUAAAUACUAUUAAAAGUGAAUCUCAUAUGUAUGGUGGAUUUAAUUUAAUAAGUGUGGACUUAAGUGAUGAGCAUUCAAAAAUGAGAUAUUUGUCCAAUAGAGGAUUUGGCAAGAUUGAACAUUUAAAAUCCGGAGAGAUUUACGGAUUAUCUAACUCUUUACUAGAUGAACCUUGGCCAAAAGUAAAGUUUGGUAAUAAUGAAAUGAAAACAAUUUGUGAGCAAGAACAGACUGAAGAACAAUUAAUUAGGAGUACCACGUAUCCCGGCGAAAAUUCAAAUUUUAAGAUGUCUAUUCGAAUACCGAAAUCUGAUAACCAUGAUGUCACUCGAACAAGCACUGUUAUUCUUGUGGAUCGUGAUGAUAAUGUAGUGUUUGUUGAGAAAACUUGGUUUGAUGAUGAUGAAAAUAUUAUUGAAGAAGAUAAAUGCUAUCGGUGGUUUAGGUUCCAAAUAG